AUGACUGUUUGGAGAAAAUUAGAAAAUGAAGAAUGCUAUGCCGUCGCAAUAUACAAUUUCACAAGCAAAUCCCAGUCACAUCUCCCUCUGGAAGUGGGCGAGCUCGUUCAUCUCGAAGGUGAAACGGAAGAGUGGUAUUGCGGUCAGAGCCUCCGGAGGGACCUCAAAGGCGCAUUCCCAAAGAGCUAUGUCGUCAAGAGGGAUUGCGUUGUUGACAGAUGCAGCGAAAGUGUAGUGGCUUCAGCUGGCGGCUAUGGCGUCGUUCACGAUAUCGCGGUGACAUUGCGAGACUGGUUAGAGCAAUGGAAGAACUUGUAUAUUAAUAAUGAUGAACGUUUUAAAUUUAUGGAAGUAAGUAUGCGUGCGUUAUUAGAGCUAAGAGCUCAGGCCGCCAGCGGAGCGCUUCCUCAAGACCAGCUGCGAAGAGUUGCCAGGACAUCUGUAUUCACUAUCGACAGGGGAAAUAGGACGCUAGAUAUGGAGUUGGCGGUGAGGAAUUCAAACGGUCAACUCGUCGAUCCGCUGAAGAUGUCGACGUACCGUUUGAACGCAUUACACGACGAGGCCAACACUCGUAUCGAUAAAAACAUGGAAACGACGCCGGUAACACCGAACGUUACUCCGGCCGGAGUGAGGACGUUCACGGUUUGCGUCCGAGUGCACAACUUCGUGUGUCGAGUGGCGGACGUGGCCGAGCUGUCGCUGUCCUUGCACGACGCGGCCGGGAACAAGUUGACUGAACAUCUCCUGAUAAGAUGGCCCACGCCAAAUUUCGCGACCACCAAUGUCGUCUUCACGGAUUUCGGCAGUGACUUCAUGAAGAACGAGAAAGUGUAUUUAGUGUGUCACGUCGUGAGAAUAGGGUCGAUGGACGCUCAAAAUGUUGAUCACAGGCGCAGUUCAGUGGCCCAGCCGGUGUCGAUGAGCACGUCGGCCGGCGCGAUGCGGAGGCCGUUCGGCGUGGCCUGCGCCGACAUCAAGCGCCACCUCACGUCUGACAACCCUGACAAGCACAUACAAGUGCCUUUUUACGCAUACGAAAAAGAGAAUUUAGAUGCUCUGCUGAAGAAGGUGAUGGCCAAUCGGGAGUUGAAGGACGCCAAGCACUCGCAAGGACUCUGGGUCUCCAUACAUCUAGUUGAAGGUGAUUUAAAACAGAUCCGCGAAGAGAAUCCGCACAUAGUGGUGAACACGGUGGUGGCACGGAAGAUGGGCUUCCCCGAAGUGAUACUGCCGGGGGACGCGCGCAACGACCUCUACGUGACCCUCUGCUCCGGCUCGUUCUCCAAGGGCGGCGGGAAGUCUUCGGAGAGGAACAUCGAGCUGGUGGCCAGGGUUGUUGAUCAACACGGGAGAACCAUACCGGGUGUGAUUUCGAUUGGAGCUGGCGUACCGUUAGCUAACGAGUACACUUCGCUUGUGUACUACCACGACGACAGGCCGCGAUGGCAGGAAGUGUUUAAGGUGUGUCUCAACAUUGAGGAGUUCAAAGACGCUCACCUGGUGUUCCUGUGCAGACACCGGAGCUCGAACGAAGCCAAGGACCGGGCGGAGAGGCAUUUCGCGUUAGCCUUCCUCAGGCUCAUGCAGCGCGAAGGGACCACCACGCCCGACACCAACCACAACCUGUGCGUUUACAAAAUUGACAACAAAAGGUCGAACCCCGCCGAGGUGGAGAAAGAAGCGGCCGCGGUCUGCCUUGGCCUGCCUUCGAAACGGGACGAGCUCCCGGCCGGCGCCGAGCGGGGCCUGACCCGGGGCGUGCUGUCCCUCAUACACCGGGACACGCUCACCGUCGCCACCAAGCUGUGCUCCACUAAACUGACGCAGAAAGAGGAAAUCCUCGGUGUUCUGAAAUGGAGCACGCAUCGGACGCCUGGGACAUUGCGGCCGGCCUUGACCCAGCUGCUCCACGUCCCGAGCGAAGAGCUGGUCAAGUUCCUCCAGGACAUACUGGACACGUUGUUCAGCAUACUGACGCAGGUCGAAGAAGACCAAGAAUAUUAUUCGGACAAGAGCUACGGCGUUCUAGUGUUUGAAUGCCUGCUGAGGGUCAUAUCGCUGGUCGCCGAUCACAAGUACCAGCAUUUCCAGCCAGUUCUGCACGUUUACAUAGACGAGAGCUUCUGCGACGCUUUGGCUUACGAGUCCCUGAUAACGGUGAUGGUGUGGGUGAUCCGGACCGCGAACAGCAGCGAGGCGGCCGUCAAGCGCCUGCUGGUCUGCAUGAAGUGCGUCGAGAGUCUGCUGCGGCUGGUGGUGCGCUCAAGGCAACUCCGCAGCGCUCUGGGCGACAGCGCUGCCGACGACGGCUUCAAGGCGCUAUUCGACACGCUUCUAGAAGCGCUAGUGUGGCUGAUGCGGUGCGGCGAGCACGUGCUCACGUGUCAGGGAUCCGCGCUGAAGUACUUCCCGCACGCGGUGCCGCACAUCAUCAAAGUGUACCCGGACACAGAGCUCUGCGCAUACAUAAUCCGUGCAUUGGAUGCGUUGCCCCUUUGUCGUCUCGGCACUCAAAGGAUGCUGGCGCUACUAGAGUUGGUCCGUGGACCACUGUGCGCCGCGCCGGCUGCCAGAGCUUUGCUGCUGCCGCAUCUCGCAGCCACACUUCGAGCUUUGUUGAGGGAUAAAGCCGAGUGGUACCGCGAGACGGCGCUCAAGUUGCGAUUGGUUGGCAAGGCAGCGAGACUCCUAGGCGAGGACACUGCGAAACUACACGAUCCAACGCAUCACCAGCAAAUCGUGGAACUCUGCGUGGAAACCUUAGGCGAGGUGUUGACGCUACUCGCUCGCGAUGACGUGGGACCCGUCGAGAAUGAUCGAGCGGAAUUAGCUAGAAGACUACUGCCCACAGUAUUGAAAACGGCCACCGUGAUGAUUCAAGAGAGGGGGACCGAGGAACAUCCUAGCUCGUCCAAUGAGAACAUUGUUCGACGAAUAGUUUCGGUACUGGUCGACAUGGUGCGACAAAUGUCCGAAGAUCAGUAUUCUAUGGUGGUGAAGGCGCUUGAAGUGGAAAAUGCCGGCGGAUCGGGCUCCCUAGUCGACGACGCGCUGGGCCUGAUAGUAAUGUUGGUUCAGCGACCGGUGUUCAGACCGCAUUGGGCGGAUAUGCUACAUCUACAGCAUUACGUGAUGCUUCAUGCUCUGAGGCUGCUGUCAACGACCAUUCAAGACCGCCUCAACACGCGAAGACACGGAGUCACUGGCCAAAGUCCGCGCACAAUGCAAGGCCUGGUUCAGUGCCGGGGCGGCCUGGGCACGUCGGCGCCUCUCCAGCUCGAGACCUUGACCGCAGCGAGGAAACAACGCGUCAAGCAACUGUACGGGGACAUAAGAAGGGGCUUAGCGCAAUGCCUCAGCGACAUGUGGUACAGCUUGGGCGAACACAAGCGCUCCUUCAUACCGUGCCUCGUCACUCCGUUCCUCGAAGUCAGCUUCUUGCGCGACGACGAAGUCCGGAACACUACAAUACCGAUAUUCUUUGACAUGAUGCAAACAGAAUACAACCACAGUGUUGCCGGCGGAGAGAAAGAGAAUUACUUGAAGGAGCUCGAGAGCGAGCUGAUCGACAAGCUAGACGUGCUGGUGGAGCGGGGGUGCGGCGACCUGCAGUGGCGGGGGCGGUUCGUGACGUCAUGCGGCGCGCGGUGCGACGCGGCGGCGGGCGCGCUGCGGGCGGGCGGGCUGGCGCUGGUGGCGGCGGCGGCGCGCCAGCUCGACACGCUGCUGCAGUACCGGGCGGCCGCGCUGCGCUCCCCGACGCCGCACCGCAUGCACCUCACCACCACCGUGCUGCACUUCUACCAGGAGAUCGAGCGCCCGCACAUGUACAUACGGUACGUCCACAAGCUGGCCAGCAUGUACCGUGCGGCCCAGCAGUGGACUGAGGCUGGGCUCACGCUGCGGCUGCACGCCAAGCUACUGUCCUGGAGCCACGACCCGCUCCCGCCCAGACUGCGCCAUCCCACGCUCAACCACGACGACCACACGACACAUAGAGAGCUAAAGGAGCAUCUCUAUUUUGAAAUAGCUGAGCUCUUGAAACGCGGCGGUCUCUGGGAGCUGGCGGUCGAUAUAGUCAAAGAGCUCGUUUCGGUUUACGAAGAGGAAGCUCUCGGCUACGGGCCGCUGGCGGAACUGCACAGUCAGCUGGCGGAGUUCUACGCUUCGAUGCUGCAGUCGCGGAGGUCGCAUCCGGGAUACUUCCGGGUCAUAUAUCACGGGAAGGGAUUCCCCGAGAUAUUAAGGAAACCAUUGGGCUGCCUCAGCACGAUACUGUCGCAGGGCUUCAUAUACCGCGGGAACGAGUACGAGCAACUCCAGGAGUUCAUAGAGAGGAUGCUGGACGAGUGGCCCGACGCGGAAGUGUUGCCGCGCCUGGACCCGCCCGGCGAGGAUAUCACGGAAUCCGAAGGACAAUAUCUUCAAAUAAACGCCGUCGAUCCGAUAAUGAGCGAUAAGCUCAAACGUUUGUCGGGCAAACCGGUCGCCGAACAGAUCCUGCAGUACUACAAGCACAACGACGUCGACAAGUUCUAUUUCUCGCGACCCUUCGACCGGCCUGAGGAGUCGCUAAGCGACUCGACCGAAGAUUUGAAUAAGAAUGAGUUCGCGAGACGUUGGCUCGAAAGGACUGAACUAGAGAUAAGCGACAAAUUGCCCGGCAUCCUGCGUUGGUUCCCGGUGGUCAAGCAACGCACGUACUGGGUCUCGCCCAUCGAGGUCGCGGUCGAGUCGUUGCGCCAAACGAAUAGGACCCUUAAGUCUGUAGCGUUUGAGGCCAGGAACCCCGACACUCCCCUCAAUCCGCUCACAAUGAGAUUAUUGGGUAUCCUCGACUCGGCCGUGCAAGGUGGCAUAGUGAACUACGAGAACUCGUUCCUGACCCCGGCCUACGAGAGCCGACACCCGGAGCACGCGGCCCUGCUCGUCGAGCUCAAAGAUUUGAUCGCCGACCAAAUACCGCUGCUCAAGUUCGGCUUAGACGUUCACGCCAGCCGAGCUCCGCCCGCGCAAGAGGAGAUGCACGCGCAUCUCAUGGAACGGUUUCGAACCGUACAGAAGCACGUGCACCAGAGAUACGGCAGGAAGACUUGCGACUUUGAAACGGAAUCGCAAGAAGUUCAACUUCGGAUUACUCUGAGGAACAGCCUGCACACGGACACCGCGAGUACAGUCACCAACAAUCGUAUGUCUGACAUAUCAACCGGAAACGACGUUUCGUCUAAGAGUCCUGGUAGAUUCACCAGUUUCAACAGCGCCAUAAACCAGUUCGCCAGGAAUAGCAGCGGCGGCGUUGCAAACUAUCUUGGCACCCUACAGAAUCCACCGAAGAAACGUAGUAAAGCACGAGCCGGAAGAAAGAGCGAAGUUGGAACUCAAUCGAGUGGCUCCCAAAGCCACUUCUACACUUCGCACGCGACGGUCAAUGGCAACGACGCGCGGUCUCUAUCCCACAACAGCGGUGUGUGCAACACCCCUAACAGCGUGACGUCAUUGAACGAAACCCCGAUGAUGUCGACGUUACGCGAACUGCGGCAAGAGGACGUUUUACAGCUGGUCACCGAGCGACCGCUCCGUGCCGAGGUCGAACGCGAGAAGAGACUGUCCCAACGGGCAAGUCUUUUGACCACUUCUUCCGCACCGCCUUCCAACAGAGACUCGAUUGGCACGACCGAUUCGAACCAGGACGAAGAGCUGCCACCGCCUUUGCCAAUGAAAUCCCACCGAAGCAUGGAAUUGGACAAUGACAGUAACAAUAACGCCGAUCCGACACCAUUACCGGUCCGCCACAACUACGACACGGUUCUUGCGCCGCGAGGAUCAUUCCUGUACAACUCGAUCGUGCACAGAAGGAACACGAAUGUAGAGAAGGCGCCGACGCCCCCACCUAAGAAACGUAAUGCUCAAUGA